UGGUGUGUGUGAGGGGAGGAGAAGGAGGGGGUUGGCUUUAGUGUGAUUUGAAUGGGCGUGAGAGAGAGCGUGAGGGACUGAGCAAAUCAACCUGCCUCUUUUGACUGAACAACGGGAUGGAAGAGCUGAGCUCCUAGCCACACUGAUCAGAGAGGAGUUUUAUUUUUGGAGAGGGGAAGAAGGGAGCAGACAAGGGGAACCGAAGAGGGAGAAGAAGGAGAAAAGGCAUCAGAGUCGGGAUAGAUAGCAGAAAAAUGCUGUCAUGGGGAGAGGGGGAGGGAGCAGACAGAAAGGAACAGAAUGAGACCAGGCAGGGUGGAGCGGAGCUGAAAUGUGGAGGUGUCCAGUGGAAGAGACCAAAGAGAAGCAAGCAUGUGCUGAGGGGUGGGAGCUGAUGGAUGACAGAUCAGAGAGGCCGACACACACGCAAAUCCUCCCCAACCCAGAGGACAGAGAGCUGGACCACACCACGACUGGACCACACCACGACUGGACCACACCACGACUGGACCACACCACAACUGGACCAAACCACGACUGGAUCCCACCACGACUGGAUCCCACCACGACUGGACCACACCACAACUGGACCACACCACAACUGGACCACACCACAACUGGACCCCACCACGACUGGACCAAACCACGACUGGACCACACAACGACUGGACCACACCACGACUGGACCACAUCACGACUGGACCCCACCACAACUGGACCCCACCACAACUGGACCACACCACAACUGGACCCCACCACGACUGGACCACACCACGACUGGACCCCACCACGACUGGACCACACCACAACUGAGGCACACUAGAAUAGUAGUCAUCUGCAAAGCCAAAGCUGGAGGACGUCCUAAAGGAACUUGGAAUGGGUGUACGUUUUCCAGACCUAAAACAUAUUAUUGUAUCUGAUACAGUCAUCUAAUAGUCCUUUGCAUGUUGUUAUUGAAUGUGGAUGAAGACCACGUGUAGUCCUCUUACUCAUCAGGCUUGACACAGUGAGGAGAGAUAGUUGGAGUCGGAGUCUGAGGCACCAUGCAGUCUGACGACCUCUUCCUACGCAAGUUUUGCCGGCAGAGGCCACGACCCCCUCUGACAACGGUCAACUUUGACUCUAAGCGGGAGGGUGGGGUAAGGGCGCGGGUGGUGGCAGGGGAGUGGCCCCCGAGGAGGGAUGGAACAGAUGGGGAGAGUCUUACUACUCCGAGCUGUGUGGGUCUGAACCUGAGGUCAGUGGGCCGAGGACACAUCAUGCAGAGAAGCAACAGUGACGUGACGCUGGGAGACCUGGACUCCUCUGGUAAGGCGGGAGGGAAGGCAACACGGGCGGUGGGGGAGAAGGCAGGUGCCGGGGCCCAGGAGGACUCAGGGGUGGUGCUGCACAGGGAGUAUGGCAGCCUCUCCUCACUGGAGAGACAGAUAGGUCUGUCAGGAACCCAGGAGCCGAGUGCAGAGGACCAUGGUGUUCUGAGCCCCAACGCCCUCCGCUUCAAAGACCCCUUUCUGCUGCUGGGCCUGCAGGGAACCCCUCCAGAGCCUGACGGCUUCUUCAGGGCUCUGUCCACCCCCGCAGGAGACACCCCAAAACCAGCCAAGCCCCCAAAGCCUGAGGGGCUGAGCAAGAAGGCCAAGCCCUCUCCUCCACAGAUCCCCCAACCAGGUCCUUAUGACAACCUGGGUGGAGGAGCCUGGGUCAGGAAUGUUGCCCACUAUGAUGUCCAGAGCAUUUUGUUUGACCUCACAGAGGUGGCUAGCAACCGAGACAGCAUCGGCCGCAAAAAGAACAUCACCUCAGGGGCAUCGGCUGCCUCGACGAUGCGUCCCCUCACCCAGGCCACGCCCUCGCAGAGCGGGGGCGGUGUUGGGGGGGCUGUGGAGGACCCCUCCCUGGACGAAGGAGAUGGCAUUGACAACGAGCUGCUGCUCAGCUGCCCCCACUUCCGUAAUGAGAUGGGGGGUGAGGAGCGGGCGGGCCUGGGGCAUACGCAGGGCAGAGGGGGUCUGUGGCUAAGCCUGAGGAACCCCAACGAUGCUGUCUCAGUACUGGAGGAACCCAGAGAGAGCCACGUCCAACAGCAGGGCAAGAGCAACUACUUCAUAGAACACGCAGACCUGGGAGCCCACUACUACCGCAAAUACUUCUACAUGAAAGAUCAUCAGAACUUCUUUGGCAUGGAUGACCGCCUUGGUCCAGUGGCCAUCAGCUUCCGUAGAGAGGAGAAGGAGGGGUCUAGUGGAGCUCAGUAUAACUACAGGAUCAUCUUCAGAACCACUGAGCUGAAGACUCUGCGAGGCUCCAUCCUGGAGGAGUCCGUGCCCUCAGCGGCCCGCCACACCACCCCCCGAGGCCUGUCUCCCAAGAGGCUCCUGGAGUUCAUCAUCCCAGAGCUCAACCUCCACUGCCUGCGCCUGGCCUCCACCUCACCCAAGGUCCGAGACACCCUGCUCAAGCUGGACGAACAAGGGCUGAACUUCCAGAGGAAGGUGGGGGUGAUGUACUGCCGUGCAGGCCAGAGCUCUGAGGAGGACAUGUAUAACAACGAGAGCUCGGGGCCGGCCUUCGAGGAGUUCCUGGAUCUGCUGGGGGAGCGAGUGAAUCUGAAAGGCUGGGAGAAGUACCGAGCUCAGUUGGACACCAAGACGGACUCCACAGGGACCCAGUCCCUCUACACACACUACCAGGACUAUGAGGUGAUGUUCCAUGUGUCCACCAUGCUGCCCUACACAGCCAACAACACACAACAGUUGCUGAGAAAGAGGCACAUUGGGAAUGACAUAGUGACCAUAGUGUUCCAGGAGCCAGGGGCUCUGCCCUUCACUCCUAAGGCCAUCCGCUCCCAUUUCCAACAUGUCUUCAUCAUCGUCCAGGUGGAACAGUCCUGCUCUGACCAUACCUACUACAAGGUGGCGGUGACACGCUCCAAAGACAUCCCGUUAUUUGGGCCUCUGUUCCCUAAGGGUGCUCGAUUCCCCCGUUCCCCUGCCUUCAGAGACUUCCUGCUGGCCAAGGCGGUGAACGCUGAGAACGCUGCCGAGAAGGCGGAGAAGUUCCGCUCCAUGGCCACCCGGACACGACAGGAGUACCUGAAGGACCUGGCAGAGAACUACGUGACCACCACGCCAAUCGACUCCUCCACCAAGUUCCCCCUGCUGUCCCUGGGGAGCAAACGCAAAGACAAACUGAAGGGGGCCAAGGGGGCAGAGCUGCACAGUGCUGGGGCAUUGGUCUGGGCUGUGAUGGCCACCAGUGGGAAUGAGGGGGAGACAGGAGGACACAAGCUGCCCUGUCUACUGGGGGUGUCAGCUGAAUCAGUGGUGCUGAUCGAGAGAUACACACGGAGGGUGGUGUUCAACUGCUGCUGCCGCGAUGUGAUUGGCUGGAAGGCGGUGAUAGACAGCAGGGCCAUAGGCGGGCCUUGCCUGGAUAUCUUCUAUGAGAGGGGGGAGGCUGUGUCAAUCAGUGUGAUGGACAGUCAGGCGGAGGAGAUACGGGAGAUGGUGCAGAGACUGGAGUUGGUGACGCGGGGGUGCGAGGCACGGGAGGUGACGCCCCUGCGUGACGGGGUCGGCCAGCCAGGCUUCCUGAUGAGCGAGGAGGGCUUUGUGACGGAUCUGCAGCGGUUCGGCUAUGCGGAGAGCGGGGGUCUGCAGCUGGGGGCACGGGUGGUGCGUCUGUGUGGCUACGCCCUGGUGCACCUAGGACCAGAGGAAAGAACCAGACUGCUCCGCACCGCCCACAAGAUCCACAUCACCGUCAUCCCUCCAGAUGAGAACGGCAAGCCCCGCAGGAGUUUCUCAGAGUUAUACCAGAAAGCCAUCCAGGAUGCAGAGCGUAAGCCUGGGGAGGGCCAGUCUGGAGAGGCCUGGGUGCUGGACGAGAGGGAGGAGGAGGAAGAGAUGGAGGAAGAGGAGCGGGAACAGGGAGAGGGGAAGGAGGCGGAGACGAUGGAGGGACCAGCAGAGGGAGGAGAGGCUGAGGACAGGCUGUCAGAGACUGGACAGGGUGAGAAGGACCAGGGGGACCAGGGCUCCCUCCUCUCCCCACCCAGCCUGCCUCUGUUACGGGCCACCUCCCUGCAGGACCACCCACUCAACCAGACCGUGGAGAUCACCCCCUCCCAGCUAACACGCAGCUACUCCCUAGAGAGGCACCCGUCCUGCCGAGACAUAUGUGACAGGCAUGUGUAUGACAACGUGGGUGUGAAGUUGAAACAUCACAUCUAUGAGAACCCAGGGGAGCUGAGAGACGCCACGCCUGACCUCAUCCUGGCUGUCAAACCCAAGAUGCCCCUGGACGAGGAGCAGUUUGUGGGGGCUGAGUUGGGUGAGGAGAGGCCAUCAGCGAGUGACCCUUCCCUGUCCUCCACCCGGUUGUCAUGUCUGAACAGAGCAGAGAGAAACUCCCGAGCCCUGAGCCUACACAACUCCAUCACCAAGAUCCUGUCGGAGACCACAGAUUCCUCAGAGGAGGAGUGGCAGUCUAUAGCUGAUCUAGCCACAGCAUGCCGCAGCAUCCUAGAAGCCUUGUCACGUGAAGCAGGAGAUGGGACCCAAGGAGCAGACUCCCUGACAGAUGGCAAGCUAAAGGACAUGAAGGACAGUGACUCACCCGGCCACCUGGAGGAGAAGGUGUCCCAGCUGGAGGACAUGCUGAAGAGGCUGCAGGACGACUUGCAAAAGGAGAAGGAGGACAAGGCGGUGCUGCAGGCCGAGGUGCAGAGCCUCAGGCAGAAUAACCAGCGGCUGCAGGAGGAAUCCCAGAGCACCGUGGCCCGCCUCAUCAAAGUCACCGAGCUGCUGUGCAAUGUCAACAAGCCCUGCUAGCUCUGUCACAGUACACACUAUGUGUACACAGACACACAAACACACACACAAACAAACGCACACAAACAAACACACACACAAACAAACGCAGACAAUCAAGAUCAUAAACACAUUCCGGACACACCACAUUCAAUAUUGUAUACAAACACCCAUGCACAAUACAUCAACAUACUCUAUUACUGUUGCUCACUGUAUAUUAAUACAGACACACACACACACACACACACACACACACACACACACACACACACACACACACACACACACACACACACACACACACACACACACACACACACACACACAUGCAUAAUACUCUGCAUUCUGUAGAAUGAUAUUUGAACUCUGGACCAGCCCAUGAGUGUCAAACCAACUGAAAAACAACCCUGAGUCAUUUCUCACCAUCUGGUCUUCUCAAUAGCUUGACCAGUUAAGAGGCAUAUCCAGGGUUGCUCUUUACCCAAUAGUGUGUUUCUUUGUACCGUGAGUGUGCGCGUGCGUGCAUCACCAUGGUUAUUUUAUCUUGCUUCACAUACUUGACAAGUUGGGCAGAAUAGCAAUUGCGUAAAGCUACACAAAUGAUUUAGAUGAAGAGACAUGUGCAGCAUGUUUGAUGGCUGUUUAUUUCAAUUGACCCAAAGUGUGUGUACAGUAUGUAAACAGUAGUCUCUCUCCUCUCUGCUCAACCCUCUCCAUGAUAUGCAACGUCUCGGACUGAGAACAAACAGCUCAGCUGUGCACCAUUAGAGGGGAUGGCCUUGGAGCUACAUAGGGAAAAUGACAUGCAUGCAGGCAGCCUGCUUGAAAAGACGGACUGAUGCAUACUGACCCUGCCUCUCUCUGCCAACCUGCUCACAGAAUGGUUAGUUCAUUGUGUAGAGACACUAUUCUCUCCCCUCCCUACCGCCUCAGCUUCAUUUGAAGGGUUAUGGACUUGAGUCGGCAAGUAACAGAGUAUUUCACAUCUGCUUUCAGGGAAUGAGAUGCAAUUUAGUUAUAAGGGAAUUGACUCACCGAAUGCACUCAGAGAGCUGGUGGUGUUCCGUGCAAGUACUUGAGAUGGAUAUGGAAGUGGAUAAUGCCUUGGAUGAGGAUGAAACAAUGGAACUUUAUCCCUUAAAGAAUGGCUGUAGAAGCUACACUGUAGAAAGUACGCCUCCUGCUGGACUGAGCCAUGCAUUGCCACACGGCAGCUCUCCUUUCAAAGAAAAAAAAAUUGUAGAGAUUUAAUGUAAACUGAACAGGAUUCCUUUAGUGAACACAGCCAUCUGUGUUCAAUUAUAUUUUGUGUUUGUUUGUUUGCUGGCUACAAUGAUAAUUCAGUGUAUUUGAAAUUUAUUCGGAAAGGUUCUAGAGUGGUUGACUGUGGGUGAGGGAUUCCCUCAUUUCAUCUUUCUGUGUGUGUACCUACUGUAUGUGUUUCUGCGUUGUUUUUGCACUUUUAGCAUAACCUAUAUGGGCAUGGGCCAGGGCACUAUUUAACCUCCUGCCCAGGUUUAUGCCUUGCUUGAAAAAUGAACGUGGAUUUGAUCUCACCCCACCUCAUCUUCAGGUCCACUGCUGAUGACGCCAAUAACAAUAUGAGAUCAGAGGAGGACGGGAUUAUUCCUCCUCCAAGACUAUUCUGCCAAAAGACGCCAGGGCAGAUCUCCUACACCCCACUCAGACCACUGGACCCAGCUGUGACACGCCCAAAAUAACUAGACUUAAAAUUUGGAAGGGAUGCCAAACAAUCGUCAAUCACACUGUCUCAAUGCUACUUUUUAAAGACCUACCCUUUUACUUCCUCUUGUGAUUUUAUUUUAGAGUCACUGUGAUUGCCCGGUACCAGCAGAUUACCAUAUAUUCUAAUGAAAUAAAACAUCUAAACUUUAUCUAUAUGUGAAGAUGACAUGUACAGCUGAAGUGUUCAAUGUUACUUAGCGCAUUCGGUUGUGUAUGCUGUCCAUUGCAGGAUGGUUUAACAUGCAGACCAGUGUAAAUGUGGCCGAACAGGCUGUUUGAUCCAUGCUGUUUGAAAUGUUGGAAAUGCCUUGUUGGAAAUGAUUAGUAGAGUUGAGAAGUGGAAGAAUAUCUGAUGUUUUACUGUGUUCUUCUGUAUAGUUCUUUAGAUUCUAGGAGGUUGUUGAGGCAUGAUACUGCACCAGGCAACUUCCUAGCUCCCCUCUGUGUUUGUGUGUGUGUGUGUGUGUGUGUGUGUGUGUGUGUGUGUGUGUGUGUGUGUGUGUGUGUGUGUGUUUGUGUGUGUGUGUGUGUAUGUAUGUAUGUAUGUAUGUAUGUAUAAAAAUGUAAUAACUUAUUAAUCUUGCAAAUGUGGAAUCCUUGUUGGCUGUUUUAAUACAAGGGGGGGGGGAGCAAUUACAUGUGCUAAAAAGUUAAACUGGUAUGGUGGGGGUUGGUUUUCAGGAAUAAUCUUUUUUUUGGUAGAAAUUCAAACAUAAGAAGACAGCAGGAAAAUAUAUUUCUGCAAUGUUCUAGUAUUGGUUAUCAUUAUCAUAUUACUAUUGAGCUAUUCAUUCAGAGCUCCUACGUUCACAUUCAAUAAGGUCUCUAAAGCCACUAGGUGCGUGUUAAAGAGUGACUCUCAGACUGUCCACAGAGGACCGGACAGACAACAUGGUCAGACUGGUUCAUGUGAAGGCUUCUCUCUCAGACAUUCUGCCUACCUGAAAGUGUAAUGAACGGUAACUCAGCUUGGUGUCUUCAUUUCAGUUCUUUAUGGUAGCAGACAGUGACAGGUUGUCCUGUACCCUCCAGAAUAGACAGGUGUGUCUGCCACAUGACAGACGCAGAUGUACGGUUGGUUGGUAUGGGGUCUCUCCAGGGUCCGCUCUGCAGCCCUAAUUAAAUCUAAAAGAAGACCUACAAUAAGAUGGGUUUAGGGACCCCAGGAAAUUGUCAAAUGGGUUAUAUGAAGAUGAUAUGAAGUUUGUGUUUUGUUAGGUUAAUGGGAAUUAUUCUGUAUAGCACUGGUUAAAGACCAGUAUCUCCAACCCUAUCAAAAUAUAAUCAUUUGAUGCAGAAAAACGCAACUUUCCACAAUCAUUUGGACAAGUAUAAACCAUCCUCCAAAUCACACUCUUGAGUGCACUUUGAAGACCCAUUUAUGCAUCACAGAACAUAUGUCUGACACCUAACACAGAACGUAUGUCUGACACCUAACACAGAACGUAUGUCUGACACCUAACACAGAACGUAUGUCUGACACCUAACACAGAAAGUAUGUCUGACACCUAACACAGAACGUAUGUCUGACACCUAACACAGAACGUAUGUCUGACACCUAACACAGAAAGUAUGUCUGACACCUAACACAGAACGUAUGUCUGACACCUAACACAGAACGUAUGUCUGACACCUAACACAGAACGUAUGUCUGACACCUAACACAGAACGUAUGUCUGACACCUAACACAGAAAGUAUGUCUGACACCUAACACAGAACGUAUGUCUGACACCUAACACAGAACGUAUGUCUGACACCUAACACAGAACGUAUGUCUGACACCUAACACAGAAAGUAUGUCUGACACCUAACAACACAUUACAGAUAGGAACAAUUCAAUAGGCUCUCACCUGCUGUAGGCUACUUCAGCUGGCAAAUGAUCUCCAACAAGCCAAUAGGAAACCUGUGAGAAAGAUCCCUGCUAGAGACAUGUGGCUGUUCCCUCCUCCCCUCCAUGCUGUAAGAGCACAGAUAAAUGAACAGUGUUUUCCUCUUAUUGGUUUGCCUUUUAUGUCAUGGCACCAUCCUUACAGGAAACCAUGGCAUCAGUAUAUGCCCUACUUACCACACAGAGCUGGAAUGUCAAGAUAGAAUACAGGACAUGAUUACCAGUAGAACUACACAUGAAGUCAUAUCCUGGUGUAGGUUUACGGCAGGCCUGGGCCACACAUCAGGUCAGAACGGUAGCACACAUUAUGCACUCAGCUCAGCCAGUUAAAGAGCUGACGUUACCAUAACCAGGCAGUGGCACACUGAGGGAAUGUAUUGUAAAACACAAAAACAUGUUUUCGGUAUGAUGCCACCUCUAAACCUGUUCUUUCCCUCACAGGAAGUCAACUGACUAAAUGUUGUUCAUGUACUGUGAACUGGAGGACAUGGCAAUAAAGAAUCCUUUAGAAGUGA